AUGACGCACGCGUGUCGCUGCUGCCUGCGGUGUGCUCCGGACAAGGACCUGAGGACGCCGUACACACAUCUCGGCAAAACAGAGAUAUAUGCCGACAUGAUGAAAGAGAGCUUCAAUAUACAUCUAGUGGUAGGCGGCUCGGGCUCGUGCGGCAUCUGCUCGGCGUGCGUGGGCCGCCUGCGAGACGCGAGCGACUUCAAGCUGCAAGUGCAGCGCAGCCAAGCGGAGCUGCGGGCGUGGCUGCAGGGAGUGAGCCACGUCAAAGAGGAAGAAUCUGCAGUUGAGGAUCCUGCAAUGCAGGACGGAGAUGGGACCAGUGAGCCUGUAUCAGAUGACAUGCUCCGGUUAAACAUGGCGGCCGGAGACGGGGCGAGCGACGAGGGUGAGCCGCUGUUGUAUGAAGAGCUCAUAAUCAAGCCAGAAUCGAACGAAGAUGAGACAAGCGAUGAGAUGUCGCUGGAGGUGCAGGCAGUCAAGUCGGAGGUGUCGGACGCGGCGAGUGACGAGGACUGCGUGUCGGUGUGUUCGAAGGGCAGCGCCGCCCACGCCAGGGACCAGCUCGCGAUGGCUUGUUCCGUGGUGCUUGAGCGCCUCCGCGACGACGCGAUAGUUCACAGUGGAGACAAACCAUACUACUGCGAAGACUGUGGCAAACCAUUGGUGCAUUCUCGCGCACCGCGCGGUUUCGUGAUGGACGUGACGCACGCGUGUCGCUGCUGCCUGCGGUGUGCUCCGGACAAGGACCUGACGACGCCGUACACACAUCUCGGCAAAACAGAGAUAUAUGCCGACAUGAUCAAAGAGAGCUUCAAUAUACAUCUGGUGGUGGGCGGCUCGGGCUCGUGCGGCAUCUGCUCGGCGUGCGUGGGCCGCCUGCGAGACGCGAGCGACUUCAAGCUGCAAGUGCAGCGCAGCCAGGCGGAGCUGCAGGCUUGGUUGCAGGGAGUGAGCCACGUCAAAGUGGGCGAUCAACCCUUAGCAGAGGAAGAAUCUGCAGUUGAGGAUCCUGAGAUGCAGGACGGAGAUGGGACCAGUGAGCCUGUAUCAGAUGACAUGCUCCGGUUAAACAUGGCGGCCGGAGACGGGGCGAGCGACGAGGGUGAGCCGCUGUUGCAUGAAGAGCUAAUAAUCAAGCCAGAAUCGAACGAAGAUGAGACAAGCGAUGAGAUGUUGCUGGAGGAGCGGGCAGUCAAGGCGGAGGUGUCGGACGCGGCGAGUGACGAGGACUGCGUGUCGGUGUGUUCAGAGGGUAGCGCCGCCCGCGCCAGGGACCAGCUCGCUAUGGCUUGUUCCGUGGUGCUCGAGCGCCUCCGCGACGACGCGAUAGUUCACAGUGGAGACAAACUAUACUACUGCGACAACUGUGGCAAGCAUUUCAGAAACAAGACUAUUUUAAGAAAACACAUAGAAAACACACACUUGUCGACCGGAUCGAAAUCAUUUGCUUGUGAUUUUUGUAGCUCUACGUUUCAAACCGAAUUGCUUGUGAUAGAACACGAGAAAAGCGAACAUGGUGUUUCAAAUUUCAUGUGUGCUGAAUGUGAGUAUACGACAAGUUCCAAGAAAACUUUAGAGACUCAUGUGAAGAGUCAUUUUUUGGAUAAUAAUUUCAAUUGUAGUCACUGUAGUUACACGAGUUCGUGUAAAAGUGAUUUACAUAAACAUCAAACAUUACACAUUGCUGGAGAAGCUUUUGAGUGUAGCGACUGUGACUUCAAGUGCAGUUUUGAAUCAAACUUGCGACGUCACCAGAAGACGCACAAACGGAGGCACCAGAGAAUGCUCACUGGAAAACAGCUUUACGAAUGUAGUCAUUGCGACUACAAGUGCAGUGCUAGUUCUAAGUUACGAAGACAUGAAAGGACACAUACUGGCAAGAAGCCUUUUCACUGUAGCCACUGUGAUUACAAAUGCAGUCAGAAAUCAAAUUUACGAAAACACAUAAUGAUACAUACCGGGGCGAAGCCAUUUCAAUGCAGCAACCGCGACUUCAAGACCAGUUGGGAAAAUAACUUUCGAAUUCACAAAAGAAUACACACCGGAGAAAAGCCAUACACAUGCAGUUAUUGCGACUACAAGUGCAGUCAUAAUUCAGGUUUACGAGUACACGAAAGGACACAUACUGGCAGGAAGCCUUUUCAGUGUAGCCACUGUGAUUACAAAUGCAGUCAGAAUUCACAUUUAAAAAAACACCAGAUGAUACACACUGGAGAAAAGCCUUACACAUGUAGUUAUUGCGACUACAAGUGCAGAGAUAGGUCAAGCUUACGAAAUCACGAAACGACACAUACUGGCCGGAAGCCUUUUCAGUGUAGCCACUGUGAUUACAAAUGCUGUCUGAAAUCAAGCUUACAACGUCACAUAAGAAUACACACAGGAGAGAAGCCGUACAAAUGUAGUAAUUGCGACUACAAGUGCAGUGAAAGGUCAAGCUUACGUUAUCAUGAAAGGACACAUACUGGUGAGAAGCCUUUUCAGUGUAGCCUAUGUGAUUACAAGUGCAGUCAAAGUUCACAUUUAAAAAGUCAUCAGAGGAUACACACCGGAGAAAAGCCUUUCAAAUGUAAGCAGUGAUCGUGAUAACAAUAUGGUGAUAAACAAUUUACGAAUUAAUUCCAUCCGGGUCCGUGCAAGUUUGCAAAUCGCUGUACACGUUUCACAAUCUAUUUUGAAGUUAUGGAUGGAGAGUAACUAAGAGUUUAAAUAAAAAAGAAGUUUUUGGCAAAAUUUCAUUUUUGGUACAAGCUUUUGCCGCUGACUGUACUUUUCUAUCCGCAGGCAACACACAUCUCGUCGACACACUUAACAACCCCAAACAGACUUAGUGUGCAUGUUUUAUUACAGAGUUUCUAUGGAUAAUAUUGCAUUGGCAUCAAUUUACAUCUUCUUUAUAUUUAAGAACUGUGCUCUUGUCGGUGGAGCAAUCUCCAACUCGUGUCCCCUGCCAACUCCUUAAACUUCUACAUACGUAUGCAAAAAUGCAGCUCAAUCGGAAACCGGGAAGUGGGUCAAAUGUAGCUUCCAUGAUUUGACCCACACUGACAAAACUAACAUACUUUCAUACAUACUAACAGGGCAAGUUAAAUAAAAGCUUGUAUUAAAAAUGACUGCUUCUAGUUCUCAGGAAGAUGUAAAGUCACAAACAAACAGUUUAUUGUGUUUAUUAUAGUUUAUAAGUCAUACUCUUAUUUAAAAUUAAGCUAUAAAUGAGUUUUUCCUUCAAUAUACUGAUAGUCAUUAUUUUAUGUAUGGUUAAAAAAGUUAAAUUGUAACGAUUCCAUAGCUGAAUAAAUAUUUUUUAUUAAAUAAAUGGGGCUCUGUUUUUCAUGCCUGUAGCUCAAACAAUAAACAAAACGGCGGGCAAUCUAUUUAAACUUUUUUUGCUUUUGCAAGUGCGAUGAAAAACGUUGUGUCAAACACAAGCGGUAUGAAAACUGUAAACUCGAGUCAUAAAACCCCUCUGCCUCGUCCCUGCCCAUCGUGAUUCUAUUGACUCUCUUUAAUAAUUUUGUCCAAAUGUCUCUUAUUGCCUUGCCCAUACUAAUAUUAUAAAUACGAAAUGUGUCUGUCUGUGUGUUACCUCUUCACGCUCGAAACUAAUAAAUAGUGUUAAUGUGUACCUAUUAGUCUACGUUUUAGUCAUAUCACAUCACUAGUAACAUCAGUCUAACUUAUUGUUCAAAAGCCACUUGAAGGAGCAGUCACAACACUAUCCGGUAGACGGUUCCAAGCCGCCACGACACGGUUGGACAAGGAAUGAUAUGCAGCUUUAGUAGUAGUGGGAGUGCGAACAAUUCUUAGGCUGUGACCUCGGGUCUCGCGGCUGAUAGUUCUCAUAUUGAUUAAAUCGUGAAUGUCAGGGAGGUUGUAACAAUGGGUAACAAUCUUAAAACACUCGAUGAGGUCUCCUCUCGCUCUCCUGGCUUUGAGUGUGGGCAGUUUUGGUACCGUUAGCCUUUCUGCAUAAGGUACAGGCGUUUCAGCUUAAAAGGAAUCUUGGUGGCUCUUCGCUGCGCACUCUCUAGAAGGUCAAUGUCUUUGACAAAAUAAGGAUUCCAUACUUGGAAAGCAUAUUUAAGCAAGGGGCGGACAUAUGUUUUAUAAAUUUUGAUAAAAACUUCAACAGAUAUGCAUUGAAAUUAGGAGCACGUAUUUUUCUUAACUGUACAUGUCUGUACAAUUACGCAUAGUA